CUACGUCAUAAAGCAAUGCAAUAUUUACAAUCCCCACGCGCCGUUUGUUUUUCUUUUUUGCGCGAGCUAACCAAUACAAUAAACGCUACGAGUAGCUGCAAGAUACAGCUUCUCAGGGUAUUUUACAAAAAUGACAUGUUAUUUUUCUUCCAGCCUACCUCAAUAAACUACAGUGCAAAAUUGAAUAAAGCCUUGAAUUAGUGCAAAAGAAGGCUUUUCUGUGCUUUCACUUUAUUACACACUGAUUUCAAUAGGAUUAGCUCAGUAAUGUCGGACGCUUUACCAUGCAACACCACCCGGAACUUUUAUCGCUGCCCGGAAACGACCACUGUGAGGGGAACAGAAGUACCCGAAGGAAGACGGGGGCACCAAAAAUUGACACGGGGCGGAAAAUAUUUGGCCGACCCUUAUCCGUUAAAAAAUACGAGGAAAACGGACUGUAAGGACAGUUUAGGUUGAAAUCCUGUGACGAGAACUACGUCGCGCGAGCUUGAACGUUAGCUCGCGCAGUCAGCGGAAAUCGGAGUUUGUUUAACGGAUCGAGAACGAUGGAGAGGCCUGCGAGAGUGUUUUUCCACGGGAUGAGGAAAAAUGACCUGCUAACCUGAAAUCGGAAACCGCCUUUGUGCACAUCUACGCUUUCGGCGCCCUUUUCGCAUAAGUUAUUUUCACGCUUUACUCUCCUAGAGGACUUUCUUCGUUCACGAGCAGGUGUGACUGCAUAGCAUUUGAAUGCUUUCUGUUGUGGUGUAAAAGGGUACGACGUCUUUAUUUAGCUUGCUAAGAGGCUAGUGAGCCCAAAUACAUCUGACGGACUGUCUGCACUCACAGUCACUUUCUUGUUUACGUUUCGGUCUUUUUGACAUCUCGUUGGGCCCUACGCAGCAAGUAGCAUGCAUGCAUUUAAAUAAAAACAGUGAAUACUGUCGCAAAGUUGUUAAUACAUUAAACGUGUCUCAUUUUGUUCUAAUUUACAUUUCGAAACUUUUUGGUCUCUCAUAGAGGGAUGUGAUUGAAAAAGUGAUUCCGGCUCUUCUCCCUUCACAGUCAACAAAAUCAUCUCGGAGAGCCAUCAACGCCUUUACUUCAAGCUGUGAAGACAUUGCUUUUUUAAAGAUUUGGACUGGCGACGACCGGACAGGAGGAAGACAACGACCGACAGGACGACAACAGUCAGGAGCAAGAAAGAACUACUUGGUCAUAUCACUGUGCUGUGUUUCUGGUCUUCCAGCUAAGAAGUUAAGAAAGAGGUUGGAUAUGCCCUGUGGACAAUCUGGCCUUUCCCCUGUUUCGCUCCGAUUCGAAUGAUUGAAAACAAGUUGGUUGCUCAUCAGAAAAAGUUGGUUAGAUUUAAAUGAAGACAUUUUUGAGAGAAACUCAAAUUGGGACCAUUUCUAACGGGACUUGUCAAAGAAAUACACGAAUAUCAAGAAACAAAGACAUUCCCUCAUCACUUCAAUUUUAAGUGGCUUUCAACACUAAAUUAAUUGCUUUUUAGUGAUAGACACAUUUUGUGAAGCAAAUUUGAAAUGGUAUUAGUUGACAAACUUUUGUUUUAACUGUAGAUUUACUAACACAGACCUAUGUUUAUUACAUGACAUUGUGAACCACAUUUUGUUUUGUUUUUUAAUGUCACUUAUUUAUAGAUUAUUAUUUAAUCCAAGACUUCCAGAGAUUUAACACAUAUAAGUGGCCUAUUACUAUAUCCAGAACUCUUUUUGUUUAUCUGGGAUGGACAGUCAAACAUCAGAUAAAUUACUCUCACACAGCAUUUUUUUUUAAAACUGGAGCUGCUAGCAGAUUACUUUAAAGCUUUAUCUUGAUUUUUAGUGGCCCUAGCACCACAUUUCUCUGCACAUCUAUUACAUUAGGUAGCAUUGUCCACUUUGCUGCAGUAACAAGGGAGCAGGGAAGACAUCUAAGAAACACCCCUCAACAGUGAGAGGGAGAUGUUCCAGUUUGGAAAGUACCCUAUGGACAUUUUAGAAAUGCUCAGUGGACACCAGGCUCACCAGUUCAAAGGACUGGGGCUGGAAAGACAACUGCAGCACCAACAACAAGUCCAACUUCAGCACCACCAGCAGCAGCUUCAACAGCAGCAGCAACAACAGAGCGAAGCCUCAGGUGGCCUCCUGUCUGGGCUUGGCCUUGGCUCACUUCAAGGAUCUAGAAGUAAUGCAUUUGCUGAUUCAUCAUCCAUAUUUGCCAAAAUGAGUGCACCCCCUCCACCUCUUCCACAACAAACUCAGUCCUCAUCCUCACAGAGCACACGUAAAUCCAGCAAGAUGAGCAGCAGCAGCAGUGGGAGUGGCAGUUCUGCCUCUGGCUAUCCACAGUUCUUACGCACAUUUCACCCGGCUGAGGCAGCUCUAGCCCAGGAGCAGCUUCACUCAGGAAUGGGGCGUUUUGAUUUUUCAGGGGGCAGUACUGGAGGAGGCUCUGGUGUAAUUGGAGGAGUUGUAACAUCUGCUCCACCUCCACCACCCUUGCACCCUGUCCUUUCUGUUCCUCAGCCAUCUCCUGGACCAUCCUCCUCCUCACCCUCUCCUUCGAGUUCAACCACCACUUCUAAUAAUCCCUCCAGCAGUAGCAACUCAGUGGCUGGAUUAGUUGGAGCUCAGUCAGAUGCAAGGAGUUUACACCAGCAAUUCAGUUGCAUGCUUGCUGCAAACCAAUACCUUUUUUCUGGAGUGCCCACAAAUGCCAGUUUGGAACAGUUUCUAGUCCAGCAGGGUCCCCAUAAUCAUCUUGGCCUUGCAGAUUCAAAUACAGGUCUUGCUCCACCUCCUGCCCUUCAUCCUUCUCACACCCAUGGCCAUCCAGCCCCCCAGCCCCAGCAACAGCAGCAGCAGCUGCCACCUCAUGCAUUAUCUCACCCGCACAGCCAUGCCCAUCCACACCACUCUCUUCACCCUGCCCCCCAACCAUCUCCUCUUGGUGGUUUUGAUUUUCAAGGCAUCCCUGUUCUUUCCUCUAAUCAGCUGGCUUCCCUAAUGCAACAAGAAGCAGGCCUGCCUUUGCCACUCCCACUCCAUCUAUCUGUACCAAAGGAUGAGGGGAAAGGAGAUAGUGGCUCUGGGGCUGGAGGAAGUGGAGGUAGUGGCAGCAGGAGAAAGAAAGCCAUGGCUGGCUACCUGCCCCAGAGAAAGACAGAUGGUAGCAGUAGCAGCAGUACUAGUGGUGCUAACUGCCAUGGCAGCUCUGGGGCACAUGGUCAUGAUGGGUCCUCUGGUCUUGUGGGAGGAGGUGGAGGGGUUGGUAUGAGGGGUCUUGGUGGUGACCCCUCCUCCAUCCUCUCAUCGCCAACACCAUCCUCCUCUUCUUCAACUGUCUCCUCCUCUUCUUCCUCUGCCCCAUCCUCAAACUCUGCCUCUGUGCUGGUAUCAAAUAUCUCUCAGAACCCUAAACCUGAAAGCCAGCAAUCAAUGACUCCAAAUAUCACACAGCCUGAGCAAGAAGCUCUCUUUCAUUGUGGAGAGUGUGGCAAGUCUUUUUCCUAUCUCCCAAGCCUUCGGCGACACAUACGCUGCCACGAAGAAGAUGGUAAUGGUAGAAGCAGCACAAUCACAAAUCCAAGUCAUCAGCAUCCGUCAGAGCUCCCCCACUCAACACAGGAUGGAAUUUCUCAAAAUGCUCACCACCAGCAUGAGCAGAAUCCAGACCCAAUGUCUUCCACUUGUUCAAGUCCAGAUAAGUCUUACUGUUGUAAUGAAUGUGGAAAGGGGUUCAAGAAGAGAGGACACUUACUUCAGCACGGUAUCAUCCACUCUGGAGCUCGCCCAUAUGCCUGCUCUGUCUGUGAGCGUUCAUUCAACCGCAGAGAGUCUCUAACACGACAUGAAAAAAUUCAUGAAGAAAAGCCCUACCGCUGCCCAGCAUGUGGCCGUUGCUUUAUAGAGAGCACUUCUUUGCUUAACCAUGCUGCCUCUGGUAACUGUGGCAAGCCAGGGAGGAGAUCAAGAAGCAGUGAUGGUAGUUCAAUAAGUUCAGUAGAGGGCAAGGUUGAAAAUGAUUUCCCAAGUGGACAAAUGAGUGAUGGAAAAGAACUGGUAUUUUGCAAAAACGAGGAUAGCAGAGCAGGGAUGUCCUGUGACAGUCUGUAUUCUCAAGGAAGAAGUGGUACUCAAAAUCCUGUGUGCAAAACUGAAGAGAAAUAUAAUCCUGAGAAGUAUAAUCCUGAGUAUUCAAGAGAUCCUUACCAAACAUCAUACAGGGUCGAUGACUACCGUCGCCAACAGGGUAACCCAUCAUCCUACUCUGGAGACUCCUGUAGCAACAGCUUGUCAAGUCCAGCCCUCAGAAAAGCCCCUUUAGCCCCAACACUUCAUCCACACCCUCAAAAUCAGCAGCACCAUCACCAACAAGCUCAUCUUCCUCUGUCCUCUCUUAUGGAUGACUCUGAAGAUGAAGUCACCAGUAGUGCCAUGUCUGCCAUUGCUGCUGCUGCUGCUGCCUCUGUCUUGCCUGCUGAGAUGAACAAUAAUGGGGGACGAGAAGAAAGAAGGGAUAUCAUUGGGGGUCUGUUAGGAGGGCUUGGCUUUGGGUCCAUGGGUACCUCUUCCUCUACAUCUGCAGGAAAUGGUGGGAAUGAAGAAUGUCUAAGUGGAUCAAUGAUACCUUUAUCUCACCCAACCCAACAGCAGCCUAAUUCACAAAAUGCCAAUCCUAAUGCCAAACCCAAGCGGCCACGGAAGCCCAGACAAAAAAGAGAGCCCAGACCUGGUGGGGCUCCAGGAGAAGGAGUGAAACGUCGGAGAAACAAUCAGAGUGGUGCUGGUGGAGAUGGCUCAGAAAGGCCUUAUUUAUGCACUGUCUGUGGGCGGGGAUUUAGCAGGCGCGAGACACUUCGUCGACAUGAACGUGUGCAUACAGGGGAAAAGCCAUUUCAUUGUGACAUCUGUGGAAAAGACUUUCGAGAACCUUUUCACCUAACUAAACAUCAGACUGUUCAUUCGGGGGAGAAGAACUACAAAUGCACCCUCUGUGGAAAAGAUUUUGGAUAUGCACAGAGUCUAAAAAGGCAUGAAAAGCUGCAUCUAAGGGGAGAUUUUAAGCCGAGGCAGAGUAAAAGCAAACCUUCUGCAAAUCAAGGGGCACCCGCUAAUCAAGAUGGCAAUCAAACCAACCCUGGCGCUUAUUACUCAUAUCCUCAGGAUAAAGUUGAAGAGUCUAAUGCUAGCACAAGCAACCAACCCCCUCCUAAGCUAUACACAUGUGAGAUUUGCUGGAAAUCAUUCCGCCAUCAUUUUCACCUGACUGCCCAUCACCAAGCCAUUCAUGAACAUGGUGGGGAGAAACUUUUCUCAUGUGAAGUGUGCGGUAAGGCUUUUUCUUACUCCAAUAGCCUGACCAGACAUAGAUUAUCUCAACAUGGUUUGGCCCGUACUGGACCAACAACACAACCAACAGGAAGUGAGUCUAUUGGAACUGCCUCAUCUGUCUCAGAGAGUGAGGCUGCAGCCAAUGCUCUCCUUCAUAUAACGCCUGAAAGUGGAAGUCAUGUAGUACAACAGCCCCACUCAACCAUUGCUCACACACAGCAUCCUCAGCCUGCUGGUUAUUCCCCACUCUUCUACACUCCUGAGUCGGGACAUCACAGUUCAAAUGUCUCUUCACACCCCCAACAUCUGCACUACUCAAACCCCUCUAUGGGUCCCCUCCAGCUUCAACAACCAACAAGCGGAAAGGGGCAGUUAAUUUAUUCAGGGGGUAUAAGUAACACCCUUCAUUCCACUCCACCUCAUAUCCACAUUUCACCACCCCAGCACUCUCAACACCAGCAGCAACCACACCCUUUCCCCAUGCAGUCCCAACUUCUACAACAAAGCCCUCAGGCCACAGGAGAUGCCACCCAGCGGAAGAAGAAAAAAAAAAAGAAAAAAUAUAAAUUUACCAGUGGUGCGCAGUUAAUCAGUGGAUUCAGUGCUCAUGAAAUUGCCAGAAGGCAUAUAUAUUUAAAAAGGAAGAAAUGCAGGCUUCAGCAGCAGCGAAAAAGGAAGAAGUGGCUAGCUCAGCUAAAGUGGGCCAAGUUUACUGGAGGAGGGCUUGGUAUAAAUUUAGGUGGAGGAAUGUGGCGUGUGGGGAGCUUAAGGUUUAGAGGCCUGAGGUCUCUCAUAGUCCCCUUAAAGUCAUACUCUUGUCCCGUCUGUCCAUUCACCACGUUUACAAGCCGUAUAACUCUUUCAGUUCACCGCGUAACCAGGCAUCCACCAAGAAAACAUGGCCGUCAGGCUCGUCUACGCUGCAUAGUCUGUGGAAAGCAUUGUAGAAGGCUAGUGUCAGCUCUGCGUCAUCGGGCCUACCACCUCUCUCAAGGAGCUUUCUCUUGCUCUCGAUGUCCCUCACGCUUUUGGAAUGGCACCCUCUUGCAGCGCCACCGAUUUGCUUGUCGGUGUGUUAGUAGAGGAAGCAGCAUUUCAAUAAAGGGGACUAAUAUUCAGAGGGCAGAGGACCAGAUUGAAAGAUCAACAGUUGUGACAGGGUACAGGCACUAAAUAAAUGGACAUCUAAAAGAAUAAAAGUCCUUAAAACAGAUGUUUUGGAAGCAAUGUUAACGUGAAAGUAGGCAUAGAGGACUGUUAUGGAAAUUACCACACAUUCGACUCCUAAAAUGUGUGGUCUGAUUUUAACCAAGGGAGUGCCUCAAAGUAAAAGACUCAGUUAACAAAAAAAGCCUGUACCUAAAGAACCAUCCAUUAUAGGCAUGGAUCUCUAACACGGUUUCUCCAAAGGGGAAGAUUAUUCUAGAAUAUUAAACUGUUUUUUGGUAGCACCUUUGGUUGUAAUGGUAGCAUCUCUAUCCUCCUAUAAAUGCAUUCACUAUGUAUUUUCGUAACUUUAUUUGUGCUGCAAUGAUGGAUGCAUACCAGUGAAAGUGAACUAAUCUGAACAGUAACAAUCUAUUCUCUAAACUAGUUUCCCCCCCUUACUCAGAGUUUAAAGGUAUAGCCUUUGUUUACUUUCAAUUAUACGUAGCUUUUUGUUCCUUGUGGUGUCGUGUUUUGUUUUCCCCCCUUUUGCUGUCUUCAUGUUAAAAUUCAAAUGUUUGACCUGAAACUGAACGUUACUGGUUGGGAUGCAGAAUAAAGUACAUAGUGUGUGUAUACCCUAAAAACAACUUUUAUCAAUAGACACAAUGUUCAAUUUAACGGGGUCUCAAAGAUUAUUCAUCAGGACUCUCUGCAGUAAAACUGUCAAAACGUGCAAAAUAUUCUGCAGCGCUGAUGUGGAGGGGACAGAAUGGUGUUGAUAAUGCCAUGUUCCUGUGUUUAAUGUCACCAUUUUUAUUUUUAUUUUAUUUUUUUUAAAUAUGUAAUGAACCUUUGCAGGUGUUUCUAUGGCAAGUGUUAAUGUCGUUGGUUGCGAGAUUGGCUAGAAGGAGAGAGGAACAACCAGCCAGUCUGUACUGUACAAUGCGUAUUAUAUUUUAUUAUGUAACGGUUGUUCUUUCUUUUUUAUUAUUCAAAGUAUAAGUUCUUUUUUUAAUCAUUUUUUCUAUUUUAGGGGUGGGUGGGUAUGUGGCAGGGUCUGUCAUUGUAAGAUGUGGGGAAUAUAUGUAUCAGUGUGAUUUUUGUUCCCUGCCCUUUUGAUCUGUUUAACCCAAACCACAGUUUAGCCCAGCUUUCCCAACACUAUUGUAUUCAUUCUCAAUACAUUACUUAGCUCUACUGUCCCAAUGUUUUCCUCUCCAUAAACAAAUACAAAAUAUAAAUACUAAACAACUGUUUUCUUUUUCUGAGCCAACAGAAAUGUUGAGUACCUCAGAAAGCAAAUAAAAGAUAGACAAUGUUAUAC